AAUGCCAAGACUGUGAGGAAUGACAACUCCUCACGCUUUGGUAAAUUCAUCAGAAUCCAUUUUGGGGCCACAGGCAAACUGGCUUCUGCUGACAUUGAAACUUAUCUGCUGGAAAAGUCCAGAGUUACUUUCCAGCUCAAGGCAGAAAGAAGCUACCACAUUUUUUAUCAGGUCACCUCCAACAAGAAGCCAGAGCUAAUUGAAAUGCUCCUUAUUACCACCAACCCGUAUGACUACCCUUUUGUGAGUCAAGGUGAGAUCACUGUCCCCAGCAUUGAUGACAAGGAGGAGCUGAUGGCUACAGAUAGUGCCAUUGACAUCCUGGGCUUCAGUGCUGAUGAAAAGACUGCCAUCUACAAGCUGACAGGGGCUGUCAUGCAUUAUGGGAACUUGAAGUUUAAGCAGAAACAGCGAGAGGAGCAGGCGGAGCCAGAUGGCACAGAAGUGGCUGACAAGGCUGCCUACCUGAUGGGUCUGAACUCAGCUGAUAUGCUCAAGGCACUGUGCUACCCUCGAGUCAAAGUUGGGAAUGAGUAUGUGACCAAAGGUCAAACUGUGCAGCAGGUGCACAAUGCUGUAGGUGCUCUGGCAAAGGCUGUCUAUGAGAGGAUGUUCUUGUGGAUGGUUGUUCGCAUCAACCAGCAGCUGGACACCAAGCAGCCCAGGCAGUACUUCAUUGGUGUCCUGGACAUCGCUGGCUUUGAGAUCUUUGAUUUCAACAGCUUUGAGCAGCUGUGCAUCAACUUCACCAAUGAGAAACUGCAACAGUUUUUCAACCACCACAUGUUUGUGCUGGAGCAAGAGGAGUACAAGAAGGAAGGCAUUGAAUGGACAUUCAUUGACUUUGGGAUGGACCUGGCUGCCUGCAUUGAGCUCAUUGAGAAGCCCAUGGGCAUCUUCUCCAUCCUGGAAGAGGAGUGCAUGUUCCCCAAGGCAACUGACACUUCUUUCAAGAACAAGCUCUAUGACCAGCAUCUGGGCAAGUCCAGCAACUUCCAGAAGCCCAAGCCUACCAAAGGAAAGGUUGAGGCCCACUUCUCCCUCAUACACUAUGCUGGAACAGUGGACUACAACAUCACUGGCUGGCUUGAGAAGAACAAGGACCCCCUGAACGAAACUGUCAUUGGGUUGUACCAGAAAUCUUCACUGAAAACUUUGGCCUUACUGUUUGCCAACUAUGGGGGAGCAGAAGCAGACGCUAGUGGUGGAGGCAAGAAAGGUGGCAAGAAGAAGGGUUCUUCUUUCCAGACUGUCUCAGCUCUUUUCCGGGAGAACUUAAACAAGCUGAUGACCAAUCUGAGAAGCACCCACCCCCAUUUUGUACGCUGUAUUAUCCCAAAUGAAACAAAAACGCCUGGUGCCAUGGAGCAUGAGCUGGUUCUGCACCAGCUGAGGUGUAACGGCGUGCUGGAAGGGAUCAGAAUUUGCAGGAAAGGAUUCCCCAACAGAGUCCUGUAUGCAGAUUUUAAACAGAGAUACAAAGUACUAAAUGCAAGUGCUAUUCCAGAGGGACAGUUCAUUGACAGCAAGAAGGCUUGUGAGAAACUUCUUGGAUCGAUUGAUAUAGAUCACACUCAGUAUAAAUUUGGUCACACCAAGGUGUUCUUCAAAGCUGGGCUGGUUGGCCUUCUGGAGGAGAUGAGGGAUGAGAAACUGGCACAACUCAUCACUCGCACACAGGCCAGGUGCAGGGGCUUCCUGAUGAGAGUGGAGUACCAGAAAAUGGUGGAGAGGAGAGAGUCCAUCUUCUGCAUCCAGUACAACAUUCGUGCAUUCAUGAAUGUCAAGCACUGGCCCUGGAUGAAGCUGUUCUUCAAGAUCAAGCCUCUGCUGAAGAGUGCAGAGUCUGAGAAGGAGAUGGCAAACAUGAAACAAGAGUUUGAGAAGACCAAGGAAGAGCUUGCAAAGUCUGAGGCAAAGAGAAAGGAGCUGGAGGAGAAAAUGGUGAAGCUGGUGCAGGAGAAAAAUGACCUGCAGCUCCAAGUACAGGCUGAAGCUGAUGCAUUGGCUGAUGCUGAAGAAAGAUGUGACCAGCUCAUCAAAACCAAAAUCCAGCUGGAAGCCAAAGUAAAGGAGGUGACAGAAAGAGCUGAGGAUGAGGAGGAAAUUAAUGCUGAGUUGACAGCCAAGAAAAGGAAACUGGAGGAUGAAUGCUCAGAGCUG